AUGCAGCGACACGCUCUUCUGUCCCUGCUCGCCGGCGCAUUGAGCCAGGCAUGCGAACUCCCCACUGACCCUAUCCCAAACACCAUUUCUGAUGGGUUCGGGAUCCGAGUUCAGAACGGAGAUUUCCCUGCCGUCAAUGGCCGGUACUGGAACCUCUUCGAGGCUGGUGGAGGCGACCAGCAUUUGUACCUGAGCCCAACUGGCGCCUACGCCUUUGACCUCACUCUCAAUGCCGGAGUGAUUUCCAAAGGCAUUAUCCAUGCUGUCAUCAACGGAGAGUAUCUGAUCUCUGACAACACCACCAAGAUCUUCAUGACCGAGCGUGGUGAUCCCAGGGCUCUCUUCCAGCCCGUGUAUGGUUGCCACCCCGUCACUGAUGAGGUCCAAGUUGAGCUCCAAUUCCUCGGCCGCGAAGGUGAUGAGGCCGGCGGCAACGUCUGUGUCCGCACCGGAGCCUUCACCGACAGCUACGAGUUCCGUUACUCGCCACCCGGCAACACUGCCUACGACCCAAACAGACCCUGUAUCCCCAUUACUCUCGCAGUUGAUCGCAGCGAGCCUCCUCCCCAGCCUACCCCAACCCCCACCAGCUCCAUCCCUCCCGGUCCUACCGUCACCCCUGGCCUCUUCGCCGACGUGACGGCCGAGGGCUACGCAUUCGUCGGCUGCGCGCCCGAGGAGGGCAACGCCAACGAUAACACCACUGAGCGCACCCUCCCUGCCUCCCUCUACGCCUCCGACGCCCUCACCAACGAGGUCUGCGUCAACUACUGCAAGUCCCUCGGCUACAAGUACGCUGGCAGUGAGUAUAGCCGCGAGUGCUGGUGUGCCAACUCGUACCUGCCCACUCGCCAGCCCGGAACCACCCUCUCUAGCUUGGCCGGCUGCAACAUGGCGUGCGCCGGUGAUGCCUCCCAGUACUGCGGUGGCGGUGGCUGGCUGAGCCUGUACUCUGCUUGUGAGGAGGGCGCUCCGUGCACCAACGCCGAGUUCUCGGCUGUGAGGUCCAUGCCCUUCCGUGCUUGA